CACUCAAUGCAAAGGGCCCCCCACCUGGUCAAUGGGAGCGACCCGGCUCUUCUGCUUCCUGGGGGUGGGAAUCAGAAGGAAAAGAACCCCGGCCUUCUCCUCGAGUGCUCCGCAGCACUAGGUUCCUCGACCUCGAGUGCUCCCACCGGAGCCCCGCAGCACUAGGCCACCCACAGGUCGAGCUCUUCCUCUCCAAUCAAUUCAAGAAUACAGGCGCAUUCAUCUAGAAGGCGAUCCGCCGAUCCGGCUGGCGAUAUCCGUUUCGCCACGUCCCGGACGACCGGGUUCUUGUGGGUGGACUGUUCCCCGUCUCCUGGUGCCUUCUUAUGCACAAGUAGUAUUGUUCAUUUUACUAUAAAAAAUAAGUAUUGUUCAUUUUUCCCCUAGACUCUAGAGUUAGGGUUCUUGAUAAGCUUCGGUCUUUUGUUUGAGUGAUUUCUUGAAGAUUUCUCCUUUUUUUCAUGGGGUUUUGAUUUCAAGCAACCCGUCUUGUUUCAGUGCUCUUGCUCUGGUACUUUCCCUCUCAUGUCUAGGUGACCCAUAUUUCUGGUGGCUUCAUUGGUUGAUCAGGGGAGGUAACAGAAUCUGAUUGCUGGUUGGAGUUUCAGAGGAUGAGCGGUGCUAGUGCUACUCCUGACAAGGCAUGCGGGAAGCGGCCGAGGAAUCACGACCGCGCCAUGAUGAAGAUUCAAAGUGAUGACAAUGAGGAGGGAAAGAAAAUGAGGGGUGGUGUCAGUGAGGUGAAGAACCGGAAGACAUCCAUAGCUGCCUUCUUGGAGAAGGGGAAGCAAAAGGAAGGGAGAACCAGCAGCAACAAGAAUGUGAUGGCUGAUGACCGGGAGAAGGAAGAGAGGAUUAUAUGGAAUGGUCACAAUAAGGUGAAGAGUAUGAAGAAGGUGUCCCCUGCAUCCCUUGAGAAGAUGAAGAAGCAGCAAAAACUUCGCAAUGCCAACAAGAAGAAAAUGCAAAUUGAUGUUGACGAGGAGGGAAAGCAUAGGCAUCAUGGGGACCAUAAGUUGGCGAACAGGAAGGAGUCCCCCACAUUAUAUGAGAAGGAGAAGAAUAAGGAAAAGAUGAACAAAACACACAAAGAGAAGAUGGGGGCUGCUUACCGCAAGGAGAGGAAGAUACUGAGCCACCACAAUAGGGUAAAGAGCAGGGAGGUGUCCACUGCAUUCUUUGGGAAGGAAAAGAAAGGAAAAAAGUUGAAUAAGGCCAACAAUGAGAAGCUGCAGAACGAUGAAGAUGAAGAAAACGCACCAUUCACACCUGCUGUUAAGGAGAAGAGAAUGAGGCCCAGUGAGAGCACGGAGGCAAUGUUGUGCCAUGACAAACCAGAUAGGAGAAGUGUGCCAUCUAUUGUAUCCAAAGAGAAGAAGAUCGAUACAUCAAGUGGUUCUAAAUAUAAGAAAAGGAAGAUGGAUCACACAUUACUGCAAAAAGGAAAGAGGAGUGAUAAUAAGAUUCAUAGUGAUAGGGUGCAGGAAAAGAAGAUAUGCGGUGGUGACAAGGAAAAAAAUAAGCAUACUCCCUUUGCAUUCUUGAAGUUCAUAUACAACAGGUUCGAGGAAUUUCUGCUCAUACCACCAGCUGUUGCACACAAGUUGGCAGAUUUGACUAAUCAACAUGUCUAUCUUAAAGAUUCAGAGCAAAGACUUUCAAAGGUGAGGCUAUCUGUGGUGAACGAUUCCCUCGCUUUUCAUCAGGGAUGGAAUAUUUUUGUUUCAGACCAUUCGAUUAAAUGGGGGGAGUUUCUUAUGUUUGAGUACACUGGUAGGAAUACAUUUUCUGUGAGGAUUUUUGGCAUGAACUCUCAUGAAAGGUCGAAUUUCAAAAAAGACCCAAAAAGAGUUGGACAUGGGGUUGGGUCUGGACCAGCGCCACUAGAUAACAAUAAUGAAAAUGAUGCAUGCAUGCACAGCCAAAGAAAAACAGUAAUUAUGAUUUUGGAUUCAGGAGCUUCAACACAUAAUGAGGAUGUAGUGAAUCUCACAACUUCAGAUGCAGAUUCAACACAUCAUGUGACUAUUAAUACCAACGAAGACAUUGAAAGAGUUGAAAGUGGCGUUGGCAAUUUGCCUGAUGGAGAGUGUGGAACCAAGUGUAUUUCAGCAGCAUGCAGUGAAGGAAAAACAAGUUCUGAAAAAGUUGUAAAUGAUGCAGCUCCCUUAACGCAUGAAAAUGAUGCUAGAGUGGGGCAUGAAUUACAAGUUCACGAUUUGGAUGAAGAUUUAUUAAGGAAACAAGGGAUAAGUUGCAUUCCUUUAGGUUCUAUCAUAGCUGUGGAGAAACAUCAGAUACAUAACAAUAUCAAUAUCAGCCAAAACUUCUGCAGAAAAUAUGCAGUUCCUGGAGGUUUUCGAUGCUUGGAGAAGUGGUGGAGGGCGGGUAUUGUGAACAUUCGAGCAGCUCUUGAUGGCUUUGUGCUGAUUGAACCUGAAAACACAAAAAAAACUGACAGUAAAUUGGUUGAUAGUUAUGGUUCAAUUGGGUUAAACACUGUGAAUUGUUCUGAGGGCAAUCAUACACAUGUCCCACCAGUAUUCACCAUGACUGUCAAAGAACCCUUAGGUGCUGACAGAGUAUCCAAAUGCAGACUUGUUGAAAAUGAUAUCGACCAUAGUAUCAAUGAGAAAUGUGGAGGAGCUGCUGUUCAAAUUGAAACACAAGGGGAACAACUGAAACCCGUGGGAAGCAUUGUAAAUAGCCAAAGCAAUAAUAUCCCUGUGUCUGCUAAUGCUGUAGUUCCGGGCAAGUACAGUGCAAUAGGACUAAACCCUGUUGGACCAGAAGUAACUCGUACCUUUGCCGAACCAAUGCUCACAGUGCCCAUUGAGAAAGCCUCGACUCCUGAUGAAAUAUCCAAAUAUGGAAGUAGCAAGACAGAGAUUGAUCAUAAUGUCAGUGGACAAGGAACUGUUGUUCAACUUGAAACAAAAAUGGAUCAAGUGGAGCCAGUGGGGAGCAGUGUAUGUAGCCAAAGUAGCAACAAUGCUGUGUAUGGCAACCAUGUGGCUGCACAAGUGUCCGAAAAAUGUUUCUCCAAACAGGAAGGUAGAAAGUUUAUUGAUUGUGUGGUCCCAGAGUCUUUGUUGCCUAUGAAAGACAAAAUUAUGGAGUCGGAUGAUCAUUCUCUACUAAAGUUCAACUUGCAACUUUGCAUUCCUGAUACCACUCGGAAAUGGCUUGGGCUGCCGAAGUCACUUCCCAAUGCUAUUAAACAGAAAAGGCAUGCGUCUGACCGGAACGUUAACAUUAUACUGCUGAAGGAUCCCAUGAAGAGAUUAUGGCCGGUUCUUUACCAAGAGAACCCGGUAUUCGUGGGCUUCACCGCGGGCUGGAGGCAUUUUGUCGCAGCAAACAACCUUCAGGCGGGGGAUCUCUGCAACCUCAUCGAGGAGCCAGAUGAUGACGAGCCGGUGUACUCCGUUCUCAUCACACGACAGUGAUCUGCGAUGUGUGCAUGGUGUAUAUCAUCUUUUGCAAAAUCCUAAAGUCCGCCCCAUCCGUGCACUUCUCUUAGGCAUCCGCAAGCAUGCUUCAAUUGAUUAUGUGAAAACCGUGUGGAUCUGCCGUUUGGGAUCUACAUCGUACCGCCGCCGUGGACAGUGAUUGGUGGACUUUUGACGAUCUGCAUCCUAGAAAUAUAGAACUCAGGCUGAAGUAUAUAUAGGCUGAAGGUUACAUGUAUCAGACACUGGAACUAGUAUCAUGAGUUCAUGACGCUGCAGCAGCGGUAAGAAGUGCGCUGACCAUGUUGCGUCUUCCGCAGUGCCACUUGAUCCUGGUAAUAUUUGCCUGAACUGGGGUAAAGAUUUCAACAUAAUGUGCUGGCAGUGUUGCUCUCGCCUUUAUU